AUGAGGUCUGGCCCUCUAUGGGCACUACGCAGCACCAGCGUGGCAGUUAACGCACAUAUUAACAGACACGCGUGGGUCGGUUGGCUCUUCAUAUACCUCACCGAGUUCAGCUUCUUUUCGACUUUUCGGUUGAGCAACCUCAGCGCUCUCGUGAAGACCUCGACGACUCCUGACGACGACACGACUCCGAUACGAAUCUAUGGAGUGUUGCUGGGUAUAGUGCAGGAUUUCGUCGUGAUAAGCUUCGAGGUUGUGGUACUCUCUUUAUUUGACGCAGCGAUCAAUCACUCGUGCUGGAAUGACACUGCACCGAAUGGAUGCAUGGACUGCUUCACACGAGGUAUCCCGUUUUGGUCGCGAACAAAGCUCGUGUGCAAGCGGCUCUGGCGGUUUGCCGUGAUCUAUUCGGUGUGCGUACUCUCCCUGGCGACUUUUGCGAUGGAUGUGGUGACUGUACGAAGCUACCAUCACCGAUACGAGCUCGGACUGCCACCAAUGUGCUGGUUGCAGCUCUGGUGA